GUUUAUGGAACAUAAUUUCAUUUCUUAAAGUGGUGCCUGUGAAAUUUAAUCAUGUAUUUCCGUCAUGGAAGGAACAGAAGUUGCGGGGAAGAACUGACAGGCUCUGCUGUGUUGUCAGGCUCUUGAGUUUACCAGCACUUUGAAGGAAGGUGGUGGUCAAAUUUUUCAAUGACAUUAAUUGAUCAACUGUGAUGUCAGAGAUCUCAUCUGCUUAGAAGGAUCAUCCUUGGCUGGUGCUGAAUCACAGGGGCUGGAAGGGACCUGUGGAGGUCAUCACAUCCAACCCGACUGCUACAGCAGACCCUGACAGGAGGUUGCACAGGAGCGUGUCCAGGCGGGGUUUGAGUACCUCCAAAUAUUCAGAUAUGUUCUUUUUCUUGGUUUUGUUUACCGUACCUGUAGUUAUGGUUUCUCUUGGAAAUACCAUGGCUGAAAGAGACUCUCACAUAAAAUUCACAGUUUGUUUUUUUCUUAGGAAAUGACUGGUUACAGACCUCUGCAGUCCCCUCCACUUGAAGAAGCUGACCAUCAGGAGUCAUCUGAGUGUUCUUGUUCCUUGUGCACAGAGCCCUGUGCUCAGAAGUGCCACAUUACAACUCCUGCCUCUUGCUCUCCAAUGUUUUCUUGCCUGACAUUCCUGAGAGGAUGCUGCCAACGUGAAUCCAGCUAUGUGCCCUCCGUGCACAGUUAGAGUCAGCAUCUGAGUUUUCUUAAAACUCAUUUUAUUCUUGAGCACCCAUAAUGAUAGCAGACCUGGAUUGUGCUCAGAUGGUGCUCCAAAAUACGUACAGGGAUUGCGCAGAGGUUGCAAUUGCCUCUUCCAGCGCAUUCUUGUUGGGAGUUGUAUGAUGCUUCGUGGAAAGUGUCUAUCAGGAGCAGAGCCCUGCAGAGCUCUUUGGACCUGCAUCAGCUGCUUGGAAUCAGGGUCUUUUGCCAGCCUUUGAACCCAGAGAGGGGGAAGCAAGAAGCUGUGCUGCUCCUGUUUAGAAGCCUCCCUGCAUAAAUGACCAGAAGACCGGGAUGGGGGCAAAUUAAAAGCUUCUGCUCUACAGCUUCUUGAAAAGAUGGAUUGAAAACCACUUGUCAAGAUGAGCAAGCUCUCUUACAAGGCAAAUACAUAUUUACUGAAAUAUGAGGUCCUGCUCCUGAACCGGUGUGACCUGAGGACAGGGGUCACCGAGGGGACCGGCGCAGGCUCCUGAGUCUGGCAUCAGGAAAUAUGUCAACAGAACUGAGCGCUUGUUAACGACAGGAAAAAGGACAACAUGCCUUUCAAAGGGUUUGAUUCGCUGAAGGAAAGGUUUUUUAACCCAGGAAAGGAAGAGGUGAAGAACACCGUUAGCGACUCACUGGGGAAUCUGCGAAGGAAAAUCGAUGGCACCAACAUCGAGGAGGAUCACAUUGAGCUGACAGAAGAGGGGAGGCCUGUGCAGGCCAGCGCCCGCAAGCCACAAGUGUGUGACUGUUACUGCUGCGGGCUGCCCAAGCGCUACAUCAUCGCCAUCAUGAGCGGCCUGGGCUUCUGCAUUUCCUUUGGAAUUCGGUGCAAUCUGGGUGUUGCCAUCGUGCAAAUGGUGAACAAUAGUACUGUUUAUAUUAAUGGCAAACCAGAGCUGCAGAAAGCUCAAUUCAACUGGGAUCCAGAGACAGUGGGACUCAUACAUGGCUCUUUCUUCUGGGGUUACAUUGUGACACAAAUUCCAGGAGGUUUCAUUGCAAACAAAUUGGCUGCUAACAGGGUGUUUGGAGCAGCUAUUUUUCUAACAUCUACACUGAACAUGUUCAUCCCUUCUGCAGCAAGAGUACAUUACGGCUGUGUGAUGUUUGUAAGAAUUCUGCAAGGUCUGGUAGAGGGUGUCACCUACCCAGCCUGCCAUGGGAUGUGGAGUAAAUGGGCUCCUCCACUGGAGAGAAGCAGGUUGGCAACGACAUCGUUCUGUGGGUCAUAUGCAGGUGCAGUGGUCGCCAUGCCAUUGGCAGGAGUGCUAGUACAGUAUAUAGGAUGGUCAUCAGUCUUCUAUAUUUAUGGAAUGUUUGGGAUUGUUUGGUACAUGUUCUGGCUGCUUCAUGCCUAUGAGAGUCCAGCUGCACACCCGACAAUAACCAGAGAAGAAAGGGUAUAUAUAGAAACAAGUAUUGGAGAAGGAGCCAGCCUUGCUAGUGCAGGUAAAUUUAGUACUCCCUGGAAAAGAUUUUUCACUUCAAUGCCAGUUUAUGCAAUCAUUGUGGCUAACUUUUGUAGAAGCUGGACCUUCUAUUUGCUCCUUAUAAGUCAGCCUGCUUACUUUGAAGAAGUCUUUGGAUUUGCAAUAAGUAAGGUUGGCCUUUUGUCUGCAGUUCCCCACAUGGUCAUGACAAUCAUUGUGCCCAUUGGAGGGCAGAUAGCUGACUUCUUACGGAGCAGGAAGAUUUUAACUACUACCACCGUAAGGAAGGUCAUGAACUGUGGAGGCUUUGGGAUGGAAGCAACCUUGCUUUUGGUGGUUGGUUAUUCUCAUACAAAAGGCGUGGCUAUUUCUUUUCUGGUGUUAGCUGUAGGUUUCAGUGGCUUUGCAAUUUCAGGAUUCAAUGUGAAUCACUUGGACAUAGCCCCACGUUAUGCCAGCAUCCUGAUGGGGAUCUCCAAUGGUGUGGGGACGCUGUCGGGCAUGGUGUGCCCACUCAUCGUUGGUGCAAUGACAAAACACAAGACCCGCGAAGAAUGGCAAAAUGUCUUUCUGAUCGCAGCCCUGGUGCACUACAGUGGAGUAAUAUUCUAUGCUAUUUUUGCUUCUGGGGAGAAGCAGGAAUGGGCUGACCCUGAAAACCUGAAUGAAGAGAAAUGUGGUAUAAUUGAUCAGGAUGAACUGGCCGAAGAAACUGAGAUGAACAAUGAAACUUUUGUAAGUGCAAAGAAAACAUAUGGUGCUACCAGUCAAAACAGUGAAAUACAAAGAAGGGAAUGGAGAAAGCAAAAGCAAGUGACUCAAGAUACGGAAGAACAGACUUCUUACCAUUAUGAGAAUGAGAAUUUUCAAGAUUUGUCAUAAAUACUUGAAAUUCUAAGACGCAAGGGGUAAUACUUGCUUUCUAAUACUGUGGAAGAGAUCUAACAACAAUGGAACAGGGAGAAGUGACACUAAAUCUUCACUUUGCUACUGGAUUCCCUUGGACAGAGCGCCUGUAGCUGUUCAAUGACUGGUCCUGGCAGAGCUUCUGCCUUGUGUGAGCCUAUGACUGUUGGAAUAAGGAGCACCCUUUUAUUCUCAUCUGAACAGACAGCAGAAAAGGUCAUAUCAGAUGGUGGAUCCACAGUGAUGUAUGUGAUUAGGGGGGCACAUAAAUCUGCCCUAAGAAGCACUGCUUUGCCAUUUGAAGAUUCCUGUAGAUUAACAUUUGAGCUGCUUAACCCGUGUCAAACUGAAAACUGCAAAAGAUCGAAGUGGAGGGAAAAACAGAUUUAUGACAUGAGGUUGUAACCUAUAAUGGUCACUUAACUACAGGAAGGUAAAAGGUAGCAGAGAUGGCACAGUAUUGCUUCAACAUUUCCCUAAAAUUGAUUGUCAGUCUUCUUUAUAGGUAUAAUCCAUGGGGUCUGGAUGAGGCAAUUAAAUGGAUACUUGUAAGAUUUGCCCCCCUUCAAAGGUUUUGUGCUGGCAUGACAUAAUUCUGAAUAUUAAAUCAUCUUUAGUGGUGCAACAUUAUAAAUCCUUAUGAAAGGAAAUCAUUAGAUUUCUCAAUUAAUUGUUGUGAAGUAAUUUAAAUAUAUUUUUCUAGUAUUAUUCUGAUAGAGUUCCUGGACUCAACCCCAACAGCACUUAUUUAGAUGAAUAAGUCUAUUUAGAUGAGUAAAGUCUUUAAUUCUGGAUCUACAACUUUUUCUUCAUCAAUGCCACAGCCUCACUGUUGCAAAAGAUGUAGUACUGUAGCAUGAGAGAUAGCAGAAUAUCUAUGUCUAAAAGUAAUUUCCUUUUUCUAUAGGUAUAUAUUUUACAGCAUAGUGUGGCUUUAGCUUUUUUUCAACCAUUUUUAGAAUCAGACAGUGGAACAUGCCAUAUUAUGCUGCGACUCAGAUUCAUCGUGACAUUAAUAUUCAUUUCAGAAUGGAGAAUUUCAGUAAGAUACAAUUUAAUUUGUCUUACGUUAUUAUUACUGCCUCAUUAAAUUCAAAUGAAAGCUA